GUCGCCAGAAUGACACAAACACAGCGAAAGCACACGGAUCGAAGCGUGCGGCAUGGUGUUUGUUAUGUAAAAUAAACUAGCCUGCCGGCCCUCGCAAGAUGCUGAAACUGUUCCAAAACUCAACGCUGCUAGGCCAACAGCUGAAAGCACUGGUCUCGGUCCGGCACUACGGCAAACCGAACAAAAAGUUCCUCUACAAAGAUGGCAUCCUGAAGGAUCAGAUCUAUUACUACCCGAGGGAUAGUAACCGUGAAAUACCGGCACUCGACGGUGAACCAUCGAAACUGUUCAGCGUCCGACGGUUGAAACCGAUCAAGGGAUUGCCGUACUGGGAGAAGCGGAUACUGCGCGGACUGGGCUUGUACGAGAAAAAUGCCGUAGCCGUGGUGAAAAACAUCCCGGAAAAUAAUGCCCGCCUGUGGAAGGUGAAACAUUUGGUAGAAAUUCUUCCCAUCACGUACCGGUACGGUGAACCAACGCAGGACGAUGUGGAGCGCACGUUCCUGAAGGAGAACGGCGAGUGCGUGGUGAUCCGUAAGCUGGAAGCGGUCGAGGUGGCCAACACGAAGCUAACGGCUGCCGAACAGAUCCGCAACGCGAAAGAGCGUAUGGAUGGGGAAACGUUACGGAAGGAUUCCCGGCUGAAGUGGUUAAAUGCGUGGUAAAACACUUUCGUGCACUAAUAUAAGAGUCAGUUAACGUGGAAACUCCCAAUCGAUAGUA